AUGUCUGAGCAACCAGCCCCUGAAGUCGUUCCUGAAGCCGUUCCAGUCGAAGCCGCGCCCGCUGAAGCUGCCCCAGCCGAAGCUGCUCCAGCCAAAGAUGCCCCAGCCGAAGCUGUUCCAGCCGAAGCCGCUCCAGUAGAUGCCUCACCUUCAGGGGCCGCUCCAGCCGAUGCUGCCCCAGCAGAAGCCGCACCAGCUGAAUCUACCCCUUCAGAAACUGCACCAGCCGAAUCUGCCCCAGCCGAAGCUGCUCCAGCCGAAGCUGCUCCAGCCGAAGCUGCCCCAGCCGAAGCGGCCCCAGCCGAAGCUGCUCCAGCCGAAGCUGCCCCAGCUGAAGCCGCCCCAGCCGAAGCCGCCCCAGCCGAAGCUGCUCCAGCCGAAGCUGCUCCAGCCGAAGCUGCUCCAGCCGAAGUUGCGCCAGCCGAAGCCGCUCCAUCAGAAGGUAAAAAUAAAAUCGCUUUUUUUCUUAUACUUAAUUUUUAGAAAAUUAUUGAAUGCUAGUUCAUGUUAAUCAACUAAAAAGUAAUACUUUUUCAUCAAUUGUUUUUUCAUUCCUUUAUGUUGACUUUUUAGCUCCAGUAGAAGCCACUUCAGCUGAAGCCGCCCCAGCCGAAGCUGCCCCAUCAGAAGCUGCUCCAGUUGAAGCCGCUCCAACCGAAGAAGCCCCAAUUGAAGGUAAUUAAAGGAAUUCGUUAGUAUUAGUAACUUUAAAAAAAAGUUAUGAUCCGUUUUCUUAUAUAUUUUUUUUUAGUUCCAGUAGAAGCCGCUCCAGUAGAAUCAGCUCCCGCUGAAGCCGCUCCAGUAGAAUCAGCUCCCGCUGAAGCUGCCCCAGCUGAAGCUGCCCCAGCCGAAGCUGCCCCGUCAGAAGCCGCCUCUGCUGAAGCUGCCCCAUCAGAAGCCGCGCCCGCUGAGGCCGCACCAGCCGAAGUCGCACCAGCCGAAGGUGCACCUGCUGAAGUUGCCCAAGCCGAAACCGCCCCAGCCGAAGCAGUUCCAGCUGAAGCCGCCCCAGCCCAAGAAGUUCCAGUUGAAGUCGCCCCAGUUGAAGAAGUCCCAGUUGAAGCUGCCACCGCAGAAGUCGCCGCUGUAUCAUUAGACGGUAAGAAUCAGCGUCUCAAACUUAACGCCAAUUUAGAAUCAAAACCGGAAGAACCUCAGCCAACUGAAGCCCCAGCUGCGGACGCCGCUCCAGCUGAACCAGCCCCAGAAUCGGCCCCAGUCGACUCUCAACCCGAAGCAAUCACAGCUUAA